AUGCUGAUGAUUAAAUGGCAAAAGUGUAUUUUUAUCUUUUUUCUUCUAUCAAUUUACAAAUUAAAUAAAGUUCAUUCAAUUCACUGUUGUGUAGGUGAUAACACAUGCACAGCAGAAUCUGUGGAUUGUCCUUCAAAUGUUUGUUUUAAACUAGUUUUUAAUAAAAUAUCAGAAUAUCGAGGAUGCAUGACGGAUCUCAUGAAGAGCUUAGGAUCCCAGAAUAUUAACAGUCAAAAUCUAGAUGAAAAUAGUGGAACGCAUAGUGGAUCAUCCAAUGAUCAAUGUCAAAAAAUAGAUACACAGGGAGCUGGAAUGUCUUUAUAUCACAGGUUACCAACAUCACCUGCAAGUAUUGUUACUCGUAUUGUACGUGCUAUCGACUUUGACUUUGUGAGUGUUAUCUUAUUGAAUUCUGGUUAUGCAUUUUUGCAAGUUGGUAGAUGA